CAUUUGCAUUGAGCAUUUAGAAAAAUCUGAGAAAAUAUCACUUGCAUAAUAAUUUGGAACACCGUUUAUAUUAUAUAAUAUAUCUAUGUUCCGACACCAUGGUCUAGGGGAUGAAGGGUGGUAAAAAGUGUCCAUAGAAACAAAUUAAUUUAAAAUUAUGUAUUACAAAAAAAGAUGGUUUCAAAAUCCAAAACUCAAUACAAUUUAACCCAAUUAACACUCAAAAUAGGACUAAAACGAACUACAUAAUAAGUGUAAAUUAAAUGACAACUAUCCAAACAACUCUAAAGUAAACUCAACAAACAAAAGAAAAAAAAAAAAACACUAAAGGAAUUCUAAGGGAGCACCAAGCCUCCCAAACACACGCUUCAAUAUUGAGUAGAAACAAUCCAGAUCAAAGUCAAAACUGCUAAUCAGAACAAAAUGGGUCAGUAGAGCAAAGUUCUUCACAGCUGCUCAAAACAGUCAAUUACAAGCAGGCAGACAAACAAAUGUGGGGAACAAAGCCUCUUUCUACAAGCUGCCCCACAGGAGGAAUGGUUUGCAGGAGGCAUUUUUAGGAAACAGGUGAGCCCGAUCAGCAUGUGAUUGGCUUGACAAUCCUCUGCUGGUCCAAUGGUGUCGUUGUUCUUCUGCAGCCUCCAGGCAGCCAAUCAGGAAGGUGUGCUCUCACAGCUGAACCUGCAUAACAAAAAGAAGCCUGCACAGCCUCCAGAGGCCAGGAGCCGUAACAAUGUAUAAAAAAUUUUAAAAAUCAUGUCUUGAUCUAACAGAUAAUUAAAGUGCAGUGAUAUUUGUUGCAUCAUGACAAAAUGUGAACAAUUUUGAGUAUGAGCUGUUUUUUAAUACAUUUAUACAUCAGUUCAUCUCUCUAAAGACGAUCAGUCCCCAAACCCUGCAUCAAAUUUUAAUGUUCAAAUAAAACCCUGACCACUGGGUGAGAAAUAAACAAUUUGUACUGUAGAACCAAAAAUGAGCAUUCUAACACUGAUUUCUGUGUGAAUGUGCAUGCACGUAUACAUAAGACUGUCAAUCUGGCCAUGUAAGUAUAUUUCCAUCAAUAUGCACCCCAAGAGAGAAAUAAAAAUGAUUUGUGACUGGGAACAAUGAAUUAUUAAACAUCGUCGGCUCGGCAAACGUUGCUCACUGCAUUCACCGCUGUGAGGAUCUAACAUCAGGAUUUAAGAGUGCUGCAUUUUCCCUACGGCAAAAGUGAACCAAAGCAAUGUUAACGGCAAAACAGCUACAGCGCUUUUCCUCAUUUGCUGCUGCUGUGAGAGUGCAUACAGUCUUCACACAGAACGGGAGGGAAAUGAGAGGCGGCAGAGGAUGAGCACAAUCAGAGACAGCUUCCCCUCUUCUCUCCCAACACUGUUCCUGUCAGGAAGCUUGUGUGUUUAUGAAUCUUAAUUAGCUCAGCGUGUCUCUGGAAGUGACACCUACAUCCUGCUGUGAGUGGGAAUAGUUGCGAGUGUGUUUGUAUGCCAUGGUGUGUCUGCUCCUCUCCAGCCUCUGCAGCUUCACACAGAUACAGCGAGGUGAUGAGUGAGUGGGUGGGUUUGUUUGUUUGUUGAUCACUUCUACAUUCACAACUCACAAUCUGGGUCAUUGCAUGGUGCUCAACACCCCUCCCCUUUUCCUUAACAUUCAGUAUCAAAAGAGGUUUGAUGCAUCUGUUAGUAUCUCAGGAUUGUUAAUGAGCAGCAGUGUGGGAGUGCUUGUUUCUGUGAGAGAAGAGCACACUCUUAAUGAGGAUCUGUGUUAAAAUGAAUUUAAGGACACACUCCUUCAGAAAAAUUACAGAAAGGCACAAUAUAAACAUCAAAUUCUGAACUGUAAACUGCUUUGAGUGUAAAAACAGUGGGAGAUCUUAAAAUCUUGGAUCUUCUGUGUCUUCCGUUUUAAUAGAAAAUGCAAAAAAAUUGCAAAUUUAAAAAAAUCUCAGCACACAGUUUCAUGAAUUGAAAUACUGAAAAAAACUAUAGCCCAAAGUUAAUGCAAGCAUUGACAGAUUUCUUUUUAAAUGAAAUCAAAAGGGUUGUUAUAUAUCACACAAACUGCUUGGUGGUUCAACAAAGUGUUUGCUCUGGGAGCUAAAAACAAAUGCAUGUCAGAUUUUAUAUAUCAAUAGUAUUUAUUUAGUUAAAAAUGAUAAAAAUCAAGUCUCGGUCAAACAAGAAAAAGAAGAUAUAAUUGGUCAUGUAUUUUGAGGAGAAAAUCUUCCUUUGCAAGGUUUAUUUAUUUAAAUAAAAUAAAUUAGCAAAAAAAAAAAAAAAAAGAAGCUUGUUUGAACACAUUUUGGUGGUUAAGAAUAAUCUGUGAUUUUCUUUCACUGAGCUAGUCCUUAAAGUAUACAUAACAAACAUAAUGGACAAAUUUAAAUAGAAAAUCUGUGGUGUCGUCAGGAACGUUUGUUUUGGUGUUUUACUUUCUGUGCUCAUUAGUUCCUUUUUUAGAUUGGAUCAGCCAAGUUGCUGUUCUACUUCUGCUUCUUCAUGGCUCUUGGCAAACAACUUAGGGUGCAUUACUGCCACCUACUGGUAACCAUGAUUUUGUUUUACUUUGGUUCAGUCCUUUCUUAGUGUUUCUAGUUUAUUAUGUUUAUUUCUUAUGUCUAGUUAUUCCUCGUUUCUCUGGUUUAACUAUGUUUCUUAGGUUUAGUUAUUCUUUAGUUCUUUAGUUUUAGCGCCCUGUGUACUCUCCCUCGCCCCAUAUGCUACAUUCUCUCUCUCUCUUCUCACCUGCAACCCGUUCUCAGCCAUCUGUUUCUUCAGUAAUCAACCUCCCCGUUACGGCUCAUGCUCGGUUUCUCCUUGCUGGUUCCUUCAGUCUAAUCCCAUUUUCUUCCCGUUACGUCCUCAUAGGUUUUAUGCUGUUUGUUAUUUCCUGGAUUCCUGUGGCUUUUGUUCUGGCUCACUGCGUCAAAGGUGCAGAAUGUGAGUCAGUCUAUGGAGGUGGUGCACCUGCGAACAUCGAGAGACCUUCAGUAUGUUCGAGACUCUGAGCCGCUGCUGAGGGGAGUUGAUGGUCACUUACACACGUAUGUGGCCAGUCCCCGCGCUUUAACUUCUAAGACCCUCCAGGAGUUAAAGGGCCAGAUGUCUCAGCUGCGGCCCCUGUUGUCGGUGGUGGAGCAGUACAGAUUGGACUUGCAGAUGCUGGCCACAUUGCGAAUGGAGCUGCUGAACCUAUCGAUCAUCCUGACAGCCAUUCAGGAGGAGGUUGGAGCAUAUGACUAUGAAGAACUUCAGCAAAGGGUGUUACUGCUGGAGACCAGGCUGCACAGCUGCAUGAACAAACUGGGUUGUGGUCGCCUGACUGCAGUUAGCAACCCGAUCACUGUGAAAUCGUCAGGGUCCCGCUUUGGCUCCUGGAUGACUGACGCCAUGAUUCCCAGCACUGACAGCAGGGUGUGGUCAAUGGAUGGCUACUAUAAAGGCAGGCGUGUGCUGGAGUACAGGACCAUGGGAGAUUUUACGAAAGGCCAGAACUUUGUCCAGCACCUGUUGCCCCAUCCCUGGGCAGGAACUGGCCAUGUGGUCUACAACGGCUCACUCUAUUACAACAAGCACCAGAGCAACAUUCUGGUUCAGUACCAUUUCCGUUCUCGCAGUGUGUUGCUGCAGCGCAGUCUGAGUGGAGCUGGAUACAACAACACCUUCCCCUACAGCUGGGGAGGAUCGUCUGACAUCGACCUGAUGGCUGAUGAGACAGGACUGUGGGCUGUCUACACCUCCAUCCCAAAUGCAGGAAACAUAAUGGUUAGUCGCCUGGAUCCUCGUUCCCUGGAAAUCGUCCAAAGCUGGGACACAGGGUUCCCCAAGCGCAGUGCUGGGGAGGCCUUCAUGAUUUGUGGCACCCUGUACGUCACCAACUCUCACCUGGCUGGCGCGAAAGUCCACUUUGCCUACAACACCAACACCUCAUCCUACGAGUAUACUGACAUCCCCUUUCAUAACCAGUACUCCCACAUCAGCAUGAUGGACUACAACCCCAGAGAAAGGGCACUGUACACCUGGAACAAUGGGCACCAGGUGCUCUACAAUGUUACCUUGUUCCAUGUCAUCCGGAGCGAUGGCUAACAUGACUCAAUAGAAGAUGAUAAAAAUGUAUUUGAUACUGCAAGUUCAAACGUGCACAGACACAGACUUUGGUCAUUCACAUUGUGUUUAAAUCUGAAAGACCUACAGACACAAUAUGUUAUGGGACACUUGCCCUGAAGGUCACAGACGAGUUUUCCUCACAGCACUAAUGCUGGAAAGAGAUUUGGCAGUUUUUAGCUCAGUCAUAUUUCAUUCUAUUUUAUACCAUUUAUUCUGUAUAUCAGGAGGGAAUAAGAUGGAGUGGAGGGAAGGGGGGAAAUGAAAAACAUAAAUACAGACAGAAAACAGGAUUUGACGUCACUUUAGCAUCAAGUUUUGGCAAUGAGCCUGUUGGAGAUAUUUGGGGCUUGUAAUGUAAUUUGUGGACAUGUUUAGUCAGCAUGGUUGUUCAAUCAAUAAACUUUACUGUUAAAUCUUG